UAAUAAAAUUAAACAUGCAAUACCUUUGCAUCUAUUGCAAUUCCUCACUGAACUGAACUUGCUAUAAGUCACACACCUGCAUUUACUCUUAGCUAUAUUUGGCUGCAUGGAUUUGCAAAUGACGUCACUCUUCAACGCUGACGUCACACAGUGGGAAGAGAAGAUGUGCGCUUCUAUAAAAGUAGUGACACCUAUGAGUCCAGUCAAGGAUUACAUUUACGAGUAAACUUAAGAUGUAAACCACGAGUCUGUUCUUUAUGGAAAAGCGAACAGUCGACUUUCAGUUCGUGGAACCAAUUGUACUUGUCAACCUAUCAGACAUGAAUGAUUCACUGCUGAACGUAGGUUUGAAUGUGUCAGAAGUUCUCGUGCCUUUCGCCAACAUCUCGUCUCUGAGUCUGGACUAUCGCUCGCUCAUAAUUUCUGCCACUAUGUUUGGCGUCGGGGUCCUCGGAAACCUCGUGGCGAUCGUGGUACUUUGCAUCUCAAAAAAAGAGCAGAAGGAGACCACCUUCUACACUCUGGUGUGUGGGAUGGCCGUCACGGACCUGUUGGGCACCUGUUUCACCAGUCCGGUGGUCAUCGCCACAUACAUCGCGGGCAGGUGGCCGGGCGGAACGCUUCUGUGCCAUUUCUUCUCCUUCUCCAUGCUGUUCUUCGGUUCGGCGGGCAUGUCUAUUCUGUGCACAAUGUCAGUGGAGCGAUAUCUAGCCAUAAACCACGCGUACUUCUACUCUCAGCAGCAUGUGGACCGGGCCAUGGCUAGGUUCGCGCUGAUGGCGACGUACCUGGCCAAUAUCGUUCUGUGCAUCAUGCCCAGUUUUGGUUUUGGAAAGCACACGAAACACUUUCCGGGAACUUGGUGCUUCUUGGACUGGCGCGCCAUGGACUCCGUCGGCGCCGCUUACACAUUUCUAUACGGUGGUUUCAUGGUGCUGUUAAUCGCCAUUACCGUCCUGUGUAAUUUCGCCGUGUGUCGUUCACUGGUCGGGAUGAGUAAAAUGAGUCGCACUGUGAGGGCAGAGAUAUCCGGACACACAGGCUCCAGGCGCAGAUUCAAACUAACAUCUGCAGCGGAGAUUCAGAUGUUCUGGCUGUUAAUUUUCAUGACCAUCGUGUUCCUUAUAUGCUCCAUCCCUUUAGUGGUCCGCAUUUUCAUCAACCAACUGUAUGAUCCGGCUUACAUUUCAUCAGGCAGAAGUCCAGACUAUCGCAGUGAUCUCCUGGCCAUUAGAUUUGCCUCCUUCAACCCUAUCCUGGAUCCGUGGGUGUACAUUCUGUGCAGGAAAAACUUAAUAACCAAAGGCUGUAUGCGACUCAAGCGUACUAUCGGACUGAGGAAAGGGGAUCAUAGUCGUGUUAUGGGUUGGAUGGACAGUCAGCACUCACCUCAGUCACUUGUUCAAAGCAAUUGCACAAGCUACGCGUCGUUGCGCACAGCCAUUUGUAGAAAUGACAUGGGUAAACAGACCAGCAUGAACACUAAAUCUUAUGUGGACUUAACCCUUCGCCAGGCAUGGGACUUUCAUGCAGCUCUGGCUGAGUUUCAUCCUUUCAGCGUUGAGCAGAGCUGUGUCAUGAGGUUUGAUGAAGACGAAGGAGAAUCAAGCCCCAAACUCCUCCCCAAGUCUGUAAUAGCACUACCAGCUGCUCAAAUAUUAGAAAAUAAAGCUGAAAUAGUAACUUGCACUUUCAGUACACCGAGUUCAUGUGAAUCAGAAAAGUGCUUGAGACAGUGACCUAGAUGCCAAUCUAGAUUUAUUCUGUAAAGCACUGUGAGAGAAAAAAAAAAAAAAAAAAAAACGUGUUCGUCUGUGUUAGUUUACAUUCACAAAUAAUUGUGUGAAUUUGCUUAAUUUUGAUCUGGAAAGAUCCAAUUUUAGGAGGCACUUGUAUGUCUCUGUUUUGUUUAAUGUGUGGUUAUGGAUAAGUUGCUUUUUUCUACCGUGCUGUGUCAUGUUGCAUGCUGGGUUGUACUUGACUGUGUGACUUGUAAAACUUUGAAUAAUUUAU